UAUGUCUUAAGCUCUGUGUCUUGACACUUUUCUAUGCCUUAUUACAUUUCAAACUGACUCACUUAAGAUAGUUGAAUAUCCUGUGAAGACUUUAUAGGGUACUGUUCGGUCACUGACAUGUUUGUUAGGUAACAGCCAAAUUUAUACGUUAAUAAAUGUGCGUUUAUAUGUAAAGAGACACUAGGUCUUUCUGCAGGUGAUCUGAUUGGUCCAUCAUGUGGGCGUGGGCAUUACUUCCUGUCACAAUGGCAGUGUUUGGGAUUAUUGGGAUGUGGGCUGUGUUUGCCAUAGCAGUGUUCAAUAACACUGUUAAUAUAAAGGAAGAAUUCCCUUUCAUCAGCACAUGUGGCUCAUACAACCCCCAGAGCUGCCUGUUUUCUCAGAUCUGCAACAUAUGCAGUGUGUUGGCUAUGUGGAUUGUCACAAUUCGAUUUCAGCAGGUCCGUGAUUUGGGUUCUGGGUCCCGUUUAAACACAGCCAGUUUUGUGCUUGGCUUCAUCUCUAGCAUUGGGAUUUCUAUUAUAGGAAACUUCCAGCAAUCCAUAGUGAUGGGGGCUCAUCUGCUCGGAGUGCUCUUAACCUUCUUCCUGGGAUUGGCUUAUUUCUGGGUCCAGGUGUGGCUUUCGUACUACAGACCGCUCUCACAUCGCAAGUGGGUGGUGUCAGUGCGCAUCAUCCUCUGUUGCCAGUGUACUUUUUUGGUCAUCUGCAUUUUUGUUCUCUAUACCACAGGGUUUCGCUCUGAAGCUGCCGUAUGUGAGUGGAUUCUAGUCAUGUGUUUUUUUGCACUCUUUGCGAUUUUUGCAGCAGAGUUCAGGCACAUUGACUGCCACAAGCUCACCGUACAGUGCAAGGAAAGGAAAAGUGCCCGUGAUGAUUAUUGUGUGUGGACGAUACAGGAGAUUCACUGAGGAGCAGCUGGCAAGUUGUGGCUGUGUGGUACUCGGACAGAUACAUACAAGUUGAACGAAAUCACCAUUUAGUGUGGAAAAAAUGACCUACAACCUGCACAACUCAGCUAAAUGCA